UGACCUUGUCACGAUCCCCUAUUUAAAAAUCAAGUUGUUUUGAUAAAAUGAUACAGUCUGAGUUCCUUACAUAUUUUAGGAGGUGUUUGUUUAGCCUGUUUAAAUAAAUUAAAAGUAAUUAAACGUUUUAUUGCUGGCAGUUUGCAUGUCUGUGGUUUAAAUGUAUUUUUGAGCAAAAUCCUCUAAUUAUUAAAAGAAUUAAACAAAUUUUUCCAAGUAAUAUGAAGAAACAAAUAUACAUAUCUAGUUCAAUAUUAUGGUUAACGCUCCUUUUAUCAAUAUCUACUACGCACAGUAGAUUAGAAAGAACAUUUAUAGAUGAGAAGUAUAAAACAUUGGUGCGAAGACUCAAAAUCCGACUAGGGACUCCUAGUCAACACGCUGUAAGAACUGCAAAAAAUAUACAACUGCUGAAAAGUAGUGAUACACUGGCAGAAGAAUCACCUUUUAAAGAUUUUCCGUGCGACCGAAGCAACACAAAAAUAAGAAGUGACACCGUACCAACAAAUGUUAAUCAAGUACGACCUGGAGAUAUCGAUAUCAUAGCUGCUAUGGGUGACAGCUUAAGCGCUGGUACUGGAAUUUCGUCUGCUACCAUGCAGCAAGAAUUGUUCUCGGAAGAAAGGGGAAGAUCAUGGUCCAUAGGAGGAGAAGCAGAUUGGAAAAGAUUCCUUACAUUAGCAAACAUUUUAAAAGAAUUCAAUCCAAACCUUUUCGGUUAUUCCUUAAACACGUCACAAAGUUGGGCGUGGAAUUCACAAUUUAACGUAGCGGAGAAUGGUGCCAUUUCGCAGAACUUGCCGUUUAUGGCAAAAGAGUUAGUUAAACGUAUUAAGAAUGAUAAGAGAACGGAUAUGAAAAAUCACUGGAAGAUGAUAACAAUAAUGGCUGGUCAUAACGACUUUUGUUCAGAAAACUGCUAUUACAAGAAUCCUAACGACAUCCUGAAGUACCACAGAAGUGACGUUAUAGAAAUGUUGAGAUACCUUCGAGAUAAUCUACCGAGAACAAUUGUUAACCUAGUUCCUCCUUUAAAACUAGAUAUCCUUGCUGAUCUCAAAAAUCCACCAAAAAAUACAUACUUGGCUCAUAAUCUAUUUUGUCCGUGUAUUGCGGGCCUACAAUUCAGAAACAGAAGAAAAGAGCUGACCAGGAUCAUGCAAGGAUGGCAACAGGUAGAUCGAGAAGUCAGUAACAUGCCAGAAUUCGAUUCGUCAGAAUUUACUGUGAUACUACACAACUACACUAGCAAUUAUACGUUACCUACUAAAGAAGAUGGUUCUGCGGAUUAUGGGUACCUAGCUCCAGACGUUUUUCAUUUUUCGGAAAGGGGACAAGCUAGAUUCGCAAACGACAUCUGGAAUUCCCUUUUGGAGCCGUACGGAAAGAAAACUAACGCUGGAAGGAAAGAAUACUCAGUAUUUCAUUGUCCAUCAAAUGAAAAUCCUUAUAUUUAUACGAGAACAAACAGCAAAUAAGAAUAUUUAAAGAAGACAGAAUGUGAUAAUGUGUAAAUAAACUUAAUUAUUAUUAAAAAUAAUUAAUUUAUUAA